AUGCCUUACCCCGAGACCGCCGAGGGCUUCUGCGUCACUGACAUCAAGAACUGGAGCACGUUUGAGAAGAGGGAGAUCAAGCUCAAGCCCUUCGAGGACCGCGACAUCGACGUCGCCAUUGACGCCUGCGGCGUGUGCGCCUCGGACGUGCACACCAUCACGGGGGGCUGGGGGUCGGACAUCCCGCUGCCGCUGUGCGUGGGGCACGAGGUAGUGGGGCGGGCGGUGCGGGUAGGCAAAGACGUGACGACGAUCAAGGUGGGCGACCGGGUAGGCGUGGGCGCGCAGAUCAGCGCCGACCUCACCUGCGCCAACUGCAAGGCCGACCAAGAGAACUACUGCCCCAAGUCCGUCGACACGUACGGCGCGCCCUACCCGGACGGCACCAUCUCGCAGGGCGGCUAUGCCAGCCAUAUCCGCGCCCAUGAAUACUUUACCUUCAAGAUCCCGGAUGGUCUGGAUACGGCGCUUGCGGCGCCCAUGCUGUGUGCUGGCUUGACUACGUAUAGUCCGCUUAAGAGGCUGGGCGCGGGGCCGGGGAAGAAGGUCGGCAUAAUCGGAAUCGGCGGACUCGGCCACUUCGGAAUCCUAUGGGCCAAGGCCCUAGGCGCCGAAGUAUACGCGAUCUCGCACUCGCCGGGCAAGAAAGACGACGCGCUCGCGCUGGGAGCGAAAGAGUUCAUCUGCACCAAAGAAAAAAACUGGGCCGAGCCGUACAAAUUCCAGCUGGACUUCGUGAUCAACACAGCCGACGCGACUGACAAGUUCGACCUGGCGGAGUACUUCUCAGUCCUCAAGGUCAACGGGACCUUUCACAUGGUGGGCUUCCCUGACAACCCGCUGCCGGCCUUCCAGGCCCAGAUCUUCGCCACCAACGGCUGCUACAUGGGCGCGUCGCACAUCGGAAACCGCCCCGAGAUGAUUGAGAUGUUGGAGCUUGCGGCGAAGCAGAAGAUUAAGAGCUGGGUCCAGACGAUUGAUAUUUCGGAGGAGGGGUGCAAGGAGGCGGUUGAGCGCGUGUAUAAGAAUGAUAAUGUGCGGUAUAGGUUUACGCUCACGGGGUUCGAUAAGGCGUUUGGGAAGCGGGAGUAG